GGAGGCAGCAAGUGAGAGAAAGAAAGCGUGAGAAACUUCUCCCCUUCUCUCUCUAAAAACUGAACAUAUUAUAGACAAACCGAAAGAACCGCUCUCUCCUCAUUUCUCACCAAAAUUACGCACAUUUUUGCUUUCCCACAUUCAGCCAACGCUCUGACACUGGUUUAUGUAUUCUACAUAUAGCUUUUGAACCCAAUCGAUAUGACUGAGGAUUGCUUAAUGAGUCAUUCCGAGCUAUGUGUUGUGUCAUGAAGUGAGGGUCCUUGUUUGGGUUGCUAUUACUGGUGGUGGACUGAGCCAUCACAAUGCCUUUGCUGAAAAGAAAGCCUUUUUCCUUGGUAGAACCGCCUGAAGAUUUGGAGUCUAGUGAGCUUGUUUACCAAGUUCGUUUCACGAAAGAGAUAUUUAAGGAUUAUUUGGAAUAUUUGAACCGAAUAAACUUGUAUCGACGAAGAGUUUGGGUUUGUAAAGUCACUGGGAAAACUAGCUUGACUUAUGAGGAGGCUUUGGUGUCAGAAAAACGGGCAGCAGAAAAGGUUCAGCAGUUCCCCAAAGAGCUUAUGGCUCCUUCACUAUGUAUCAUCCAAUACAGUACGCUUUCACUGAAAGAUCUUGCUGACAAAAUAGCUGAAAAGUUGCGGCACCACUUGUUUGUAGGUGCUGAGUUGUAUGGAAGGAAGGACAAUGAUCUAUUUCCAUGCAAAAUAUCAAAAGUUCUAGAGGAAGCUCCUGAAAAAAUCCAAUAUGAGGUCACAUGGCUUGAUAAAAAUAAGAAAGUAAUGGAAAAUUCAUUGGUGAAUGGAGAAGAUUUAGUACAUAAGAAGUUGCCUUUUAGCAGAGCUGUUUUGAAGUCUUUUAUUCGGGAAUCUACAUACCGAAGUGCUCCUUGGGUCCUUCACGAUAAACUGGCACAACAUCAUGGAAUUUCAACUGAUCCUCCAGAAGAGUUAAGGAGCCAAGUUUUCUUUAAGGAUGGUCAAGUAGUCUGCUACAAGAAGCGAAGGAAAAAUGAGGAAGAUAGCAAAAGUGGCAUGGAAGUCAAAAAAGAAUCUGGAAAAAAUAAAAGGAAGAAGAUAGAUGGUGAGAGAUUUGGUGUUGCAAUCAUGGAGAAAGAAAAUGAUCGACCAGUGGAAGAACCUAUCAAAUAUCCAAUUGAUGACCUGUUGGUGCAACCUGGUCCAGAUGAUCCUAUUUUCCCUGACCGCCCUUCUCCAUUGAGGGACUUCAAUGUUCCCAUGGAUUGUGUUGGGGAUCUUUUGAUGGUCUGGGAUUUUUGUUCAUCAUUUAGUAGGCUGUUGCACUUGUGGCCGUUCACUUUUGAAGAUUUUGAAAAUGCCAUCUGUCACAAGGACAGCAGUCCGAUUCUCCUUGUGGAAUCUCAUUCAGCUCUUCUUCGAUUGCUCAUAAAAGACGAUGGUGAAUAUUUGUUGGCUGUAGAGAAAAGAAAUCGGAAAUUAAAGAUCACCCAGAUCAAUUGGACAGAGUAUUUAUGCGAUUUUUUGGAAUUGAUGCAACUUCCUGAAUUAUGCACUUAUAUAGCAACUAUUAAGCGGGGGCAUUAUGGCCUUUUGGAUGCUCAUGCUAAAUUGGGAAUCUUACGAGAAUUGAUUAACAAAGUGCUUCAAACGGAUAUUUUUAGGGAGAAGUUGGAUGACGUUAUUGAACAGUGGCAGGAACUUGGCGCCACAAGAAGGGGGGAAGCAUUAGAAGAAGCCAGAAAGAAAAGGGAGGAGAAGGAACACUCAAAGGCUGAGUCUGACGCCAAUGGACUAACUGAUCAAAAAUGUUUAGAAAACAUAGAAAAUGUAGCAGCAAAUGAUAACCUGAGUAAACAGAAUGGUCACAUAGAAAAGAAAGGAAAAGGGGAGGUCCUUUCAUAUCAGCAGGGCAAUGCAUCCGGAACUUGUGAUAACAAUUUUCUGAGCACUGCACCAAAGAAGGCCAAGAAGCAGAAUUUGGAUGUUGAAGCCCCAGCAGAUAAUGGCAAAGAUUCUAGGAAGGAAGGGUUGAAAUAUUUGAAGGAUGAUAAAAAGGAAGAGACUGAGAGAAGUAAUAAAGAACAGAGGAGAGAGUUUUAUGAACGGGAGAUGGAGAAACGAGUGAUACGCACCAACCCCUUAGGCAGAGACAGACAUUGUAACAGGUAUUGGUGGCCUAGACGCGAUGGUAGAAUAUUUUUUGAGAGUUCUGACUCCAAGGAGUGGGGAUACUACAGUAGCAAGGAAGAGCUGGAUGCUCUGAUGGGUUCACUGAAUAUCAAGGGUGAGAGAGAGAGGGCACUUAAGAAACAACUGGAAAAAUUCCAUAGCAGAAUAUGUUGGCGCAUACCCGUGCACAUUUGUACCUCCCUGUGUGUGUGCAGUGCGGAACUUCAAAAGAGAUCAAAAGUUUUGGCUCACAAGAUUGCACUGGAGGAGGCCGUGCUCCGAAGAUCUACGCGUGUUCGGGCUCCACCCAGGGAAAAUCCUGCUAAUGCAUUCCUUAGGUAUGUCAACAAGUGGAAGGAAGACUAACUGGGCUUGAGUUUGGUACUGAGGACUAUGGUUCCAUUCAUAUAGGAUAGGUCUUUUAUACACUUAAAUUAUAGCUCACUGUAAGAUGGAUGAGAAUAGGAUUUGGUUGAAUCAGUCAGAAGAUCAGCACAUGCUCAUUAUUUUGUUCGGCGGGAAUUUGGUAGUUGGGGGGGGCGGGGCGGGCGUAGGGGCCAUGUAAAGGAAAGGGAUGGACAAGUUUUUCUUACUCCAUUCCUCUUAGGCUUCAUUUGGUUACGCAGUUCAG